AUGGAGGACUCGCUGACAGCGCCCCCAACGCGCGGGGUUGACUUGUGCGGGGUCGAAGGUGCGGGGUUGACUUGUGCGGGGUUGACUUGUGCGGUCGUCUUCAGGCUGUGUGCUGACGCAGACCAGGCGUUCGAAGCUUGCGACGCUCCGCCGGUGAUGGAGCACUGGGAAACCGUGGCAGAGCAGUACGUGAAGGCGACGGGCGAGGAACACAUAUCAGUCAUGAAGGGCCGGCGGUUCGUUGCACGUCCUGGUCAGCAAGCUGCCGGUGCAAGUUGGUUGGUAUUCACGCUGGGUGAUCUUCAACGGGCGAUUGCUUCGUUCACCGUGAUGUCCUUAGUGUGCGUUGUUGGUCACGCAUUCUCGCUCAAGGGGAUCCCCAUUGGAGGCGUGAUGUCUGGCAUCUGCGUGGCGGUAUCCAUUGGCGCACAGGAGUACAAUUGGAGACGCAACAGUGAGAAGCACAGGCAGAACGGGUACACCUUCGAGCCGCAUGGCAUCGACAAGUGCAUUGUGUGGAGGCGGUAUGUUGACGAUGUGUUGAUAUGUUCUCGACGUUAUUGCCGGAAAUGCCUCAUCGAAUUCCUCGGCGCUGGGAUUCAGGUCAAGUUCGCACCCACGGGGCCUUUAGCUCCAGAUGCUGAAGCUGUUGGGGUAUGGCUUGAUGUGCAGCUGUACGUGAGUGGCCAGUCGUUGACCCUGUUGCCCAAGAACGUGAACAGGGACUGGCUGUACACGGGAAGCUCGUUCGCGAGCUGCACGUCCAAGCCCGGGCCGCAGCCAUGGACCGACGCGGACGCUCCGGCGGCGGCCCGCCAGGAGGAGAAGCGGAUCCGCAAGAAGGAGCGGCGUCUGCGCAAGGCCAAGGAGCUCCUCCUGGCGGAAGACGCCCAGUACCGCGCUUGGCAUGAACACCAUGAGCGCCGCAAGUCAGAGGAGGCCUUGCGCGCCCAGGGACAGGCAUUUGCAUCGGCUUUCAACGAGAAGCUUGAAGAGCUGACCAAAGCAGUCCGCGGCGGGGCCGGCGCUGGAGGAGGAGAGGCGGCGGCGCCUGCCGCCGAGCCAGUCCAGGACGACAAGUGGAGCAGCCUACGCAUCCGUUGGCUCGCAGCGGAGUUGGGCGGCAACGUGGAGUUCCCGAAGGAGGCCAACAACAAUGCCAAGAUCAUCGAGGUCGUCACGUCAGAGGCUCAGCAGAACAAGGAUGUCCGCGACGCUAUCCAGGAGCUCCUGCAGAACAACAUGGCUGGCAAGCCGAUUCCCCGUGCCAUCGCGUCCAGGACCAAGAUGCUGGUGGAGUGGGCCGCAGAAGCCUGA